AUGGCAGACAAAUUCGACGCGUCUCUCGACCUUUUGCGCCGGCUCGACCCGAAACGGGUGUCCGAAAAUCUCAAUUCUAUCUGCUCGCUCGUCCAGUUAGACGGGUCAGACGAAGGCGUGGAGUUGGCACAGGAUCUUUUGGCGGCCGUUGACACGCCGUUGCAGAUCGCCCGGUGCCCUGACACAAACAAGCAGUUUCUCUGCUGCGAUUAUAAUAGGGACGGGGACCUGUACCGGUCGCCGUUUUCCAAUCAGUACGUGCCGCCCACGGACGACGACGAGCUGCCCUAUCCCUCGGCGCUUUUGCGUCAAUUGGAGAUCAAGGCCAACGAGAGUUUCGACGUGUAUAGGGACUUGUAUUAUGAAGGCGGCGGGCUCGCGUCCGUGUACAUGUGGGACACGGCAGAGGACUUGGAGGCCAACAGCAUUGAGGAGGGCUUUGCCGGCGUAGUGUUGUUCAAAAAGGAGACCGAGGACCGCUCUGGUAAGUGGGACUCGGUGCACGUGUUCGAGGUGGUGCCGGAGUCUUCCACGCAGGCCACAUACAAGGUCACCUCGUCGGUGAUUUUGGACGUGCAGAAGGACCAAGCUGCACAGGGCCACAGGCCGUUUUCGUUGUCGGGAACCAUGACCAGACAGUUGCAAACCACGCAGUCGCUCAGCACCGACGGCGGCUCGCUCGAGUGGGCGCAUCUUGUCAACUUGGGCCAGCUCGUGGAGAAGUCUGAGACCAACGUGCGCAACCUCUUGCAGGACGUGUACUUCGACAAGCUCAAGGACAUUUUCUUGAAGGACUUGCGUUCCUUGGGCGACGUUUCCGAGAGACGGGCAGAGGACAUCAAGCAGAAGGAGUUGAUCAAGGGUUUGCAGGGCUUGUAG